AUGUCUCUAUCUGACCGUGACUGCACCCGGUUAUUCGAGGAGGUGCAAAACAAACUUGAUUCCACUAUGCCAUGGAUAGGGUUGUAUGUUGCAGCAGCUAGUGCCGCCUGCGUGCUUGCUAUCGCGGCUGAUAUUGUCAAUGGUCUCUAUAGCAGAAGGCGUUGGAUCCCAUGUAAGUUCUUCUCUCUCAACGCUUUCUCAUUGGCAGCUGUAUUAGCUGUGGUGAUGAAGCUGCCUGUAGAUCUAACAGGCACUGACAUUAGCUCCCAAGAUCAAUAUACACGGAUUAACAGCCUUGCUUUCAUGUGUAUUUUCAUCAUAUCUUUGGGGUCCAUGAAGAAUAAUGAAAUGUUACUAAACAUAGCAGCUUUAGGCGUCCUAGUCAUCACUAUCACGGUAAAUGUAUGCAUUCAUAUUGUUCAGACAGUUCCCUUAGUUCCUGAUGUGUUGUAUAUGUUUCGCCAACAAAUUGCAAUGGUAGCUAUCACGCUCCUCUUGUUUGCAAUGACAUAUUCUGUAUCGUUGAUAGUUGUAAGCGCUAAAAGAUACAUGGAAUUGAAGUAUAACAUGAUGCACAAAUUGGUUUCAAAUAGACGACUAGGUGGAAGUAUUGAUGAAGUUGUAAUAUUGGUGAAAGGGUAUUGGGUGAUGGCAGAACCCAGCAACCCGCAGUUUGUGUUGGCUAGAUCUUCCAUUACUCCUGCUACAUUUCUCAUCACUAUUUCUAUAUCACUAAUACUCUCGGUCACAUCUAAACUCUGGCGAUAUCCAAGAAUUAUCAAUUUACAGAUGGCCAAAUAUUGUGCACAUAAUACUUCAAACUAUAGCUGGUCCAUCGAUUGGAUUGAACUCAUUCAAACUUUUGGAGUUAUCGUGGGAGUUGUAGCCUGCGGGUGCAGAGUGAUAAAUGAUGGCCCAUUCAAGGCCGCAAGGGCUUCAACGAGCUUCAGAGAUGCAUUCAAGCUUAACAAGCACUGGACUUUAAAGCUUGUAGAGUGGAGGGAUACACCACUUCCAUUUCGAGUUCAAAACCGCGUCUGCAAGAAGCUACUAUAUGAUAUAGUAAGAUUUGUUCUGAAUUUCUGCAUUGGAGUUCAGAUUCUCUUUGUUUCGGCUGCCAAACCAGCUCAGAUUCUCUCUGUUUCACAUGAAAAACUAUGUCAAGUCCUCCGUGCUAAAUUUGGGAGUACAACUCUCUUCCGUUUCUGCAAGCGCAGUUUGUGUUGGCUAGAUCUUCCAUUACUCCUGCUACAUUUCUCAUCACUAUUUCUAUAUCACUAA